CCCACAAGAGCCCAUCUGAUUUGCCAUAAACGAGCGAGACGAGUAGGGUUUCUGUCUUGGCUACGCCUUCUCUCGUCUCUCGCCGCCUAGCGCGUGCCGCCGUCGGCCCCAUCGCCUUCGAGCAUCAGCCAUGGCAGAACAGACUGAGAAGGCUUUCCUGAAGCAGCCUAAGGUGUUCCUCUGCUCAAAGAAGACCACAAAGGGGAAUAAUAAGCCUGGCAAGGAGGGCAGCAGGUUCUGGAAGAGUGUUGGCCUUGGUUUCAAGACUCCCAAGGAAGCCAUUGAGGGAACCUACAUUGAUAAGAAGUGCCCAUUCACUGGCACUGUGUCAGUUAGAGGUCGCAUCAUUGCUGGAACAUGUCAUAGUGCUAAAAUGAACAGGACCAUCAUUGUUCGUAGGAACUACCUUCACUAUGUCAAAAAAUACCAGAGGUAUGAGAAGAGGCACUCCAACAUCCCUGCCCACAUUUCCCCUUGCUUCCGUGUGAGAGAAGGAGAUCACGUGAUCAUUGGCCAGUGCAGGCCGCUGUCCAAGACGGUGCGGUUCAAUGUGUUGAAGGUGGUCCCAGCAGGGUCAAAGAGUGGUGCGGUGAAGAAGGCGUUCACCGGGUUUUAUCUCAAGAGUUCUCCAAACUUCAAGCUAAGAGUGAGUGGUUUAGUGAAGUUAUGUUCAGAGUGCUUCGUGAAGAUUAUUGAUGCGGUUACCUGGUUACCCGUUAAUAUACAUCACUCGUUUUUUGCUUCUUGCAUGUGACUCUUAUCUGAAUCGAGUCUGUAAUGUCUAGGACCAACAAAGCUGCAGCACGCAAGUGCUGAUUUAUCCUA